AUGGACAGCAUCAAGAACAACAAUAGCAACACCACCAUCACCAUGCACAGCAAGGCCACGGACAACAACCACAACAGCAACAGCAACGACAUCAACAUGACAGCGUGCGUGACGAACAAGCCCAGCUGCAAGCUUACGGGAGAGUCGAACCCUCUGCUGUACAAGGCUGCAGCGAGGAACCUUCGCGAGUACCACGGUGUCCCCUCCAUGACAGCGGGCGGCCUGGAGAAGACCAUGGUCCUGCUCCAGCUCCGCCCCGGCCGCCUGGUGGCGCAGGGACUUGCUCCAAAGCANAUCAAGAACAACAAUAGCAACACCACCAUCACCAUGCACAGCAAGGCCACGGACAACAACCACAACAGCAACAGCAACGACAUCAACAUGACAGCGUGCGUGACGAACAAGCCCAGCUGCAAGCGUACCGGAGAGCCGAACCCUCUGCUGUACAAGGCUGCAGCGAGGAACCUUCGCGAGUAUCACGGGACUUGCUCCGAAGCAGCUCCUCGAGGGGAAAUCAGCAGCUGA